GGGGCCGGCCGCCUGCCGGGGCGCGGGGGAGGGGAGCGGGCCGGGACGCAGCCCAGGGCCGGGCGGGCCGCGGCCACCGGAAGAGUCGCGGUCGCCAGCCGAGCCGGGGAGUGGGGAGCGGAAGCGGCGGCGGCGGCGGGCGGCGCUGGGACCCGGGAGCGGCCGGAGAACAAGGGAGCUGGCGCCGCGGCCGGCCGCCGCGCUGGGCUGAGCCGCUGGGCCGCGCCGAGCGCCGCCGCCGCCCGAGAGGCCUGGCCCGGCCGCCGGAGCAGGCCGCGCGCGGGCCGCUGCGCCCGAGGCCGGAGCCAUGGGCGAGACCAAGAUCAUCUACCACCUGGACGGGCAGGAGACGCCGUACCUGGUGAAGCUGCCCCUGCCCGCCGAGCGCGUCACCCUGGCGGACUUUAAGGGCGUUCUGCAGCGACCCAGCUAUAAGUUCUUCUUCAAGUCUAUGGACGACGAUUUCGGAGUGGUGAAGGAGGAGAUCUCAGACGACAAUGCCAAGUUACCCUGCUUCAAUGGCCGGGUGGUGUCCUGGCUGGUAUCAGCUGAGGGCUCACACCCAGAGCCAGCCCCUUUCUGUGCUGACAACCCAUCUGAGCUGCCGCCACCUAUGGAGCGCACAGGAGGCAUCGGGGACUCCCGACCCCCAUCCUUCCACCCUCAUGCUUGUGGGGGAAGCCAGGAGAACUUGGACAAUGACACAGAGACGGACUCCUUGGUGUCUGCCCAGCGGGAGCGGCCACGUCGGAGGGAUGGCCCAGACCAUGCGGCUCGGCUAAAUGGAACUGCGAAAGGGGAGCGGCGGCGAGAGCCAGGCGGUUAUGAUAGCUCAUCCACCCUUAUGAGCAGCGAGUUGGAGACCACCAGCUUCUUUGACUCAGAUGAAGAUGACUCCACCAGCAGGUUCAGCAGCUCCACAGAACAGAGCAGUGCCUCACGCCUGAUGAGAAGACACAAGCGGCGCAGGCGGAAACAGAAGGUUUCUCGGAUCGAGCGGUCCUCAUCCUUCAGCAGCAUCACGGACUCCACCAUGUCACUCAACAUCAUCACAGUUACUCUCAACAUGGAAAAGUAUAACUUCUUGGGCAUCUCCAUUGUGGGCCAAAGCAACGAGCGUGGUGACGGUGGCAUCUACAUUGGCUCUAUCAUGAAGGGUGGGGCCGUGGCUGCUGAUGGACGCAUCGAGCCAGGAGACAUGCUGUUACAGGUAAAUGAGAUCAACUUUGAGAACAUGAGUAACGACGAUGCAGUCCGGGUACUGCGGGAGAUUGUGCACAAACCGGGACCUAUCACCCUGACUGUAGCCAAGUGCUGGGACCCAAGUCCACGUGGUUGCUUCACAUUGCCCAGGAGCGAGCCCAUCCGGCCCAUUGAUCCUGCGGCCUGGGUCUCCCACACUGCAGCCAUGACGGGCACCUUCCCUGCCUACGGCAUGAGCCCCUCCCUGAGCACCAUCACCUCCACCAGCUCCUCCAUCACCAGUUCCAUCCCUGACACAGAGCGCCUAGACGACUUCCACCUAUCCAUCCACAGUGACAUGGCCGCCAUCGUAAAAGCCAUGGCCUCCCCUGAAUCAGGGUUGGAGGUCCGCGACCGCAUGUGGCUCAAGAUUACCAUCCCUAACGCUUUCAUCGGCUCAGAUGUGGUGGACUGGCUGUACCACAACGUGGAAGGCUUCACUGACCGGAGGGAGGCCCGCAAGUAUGCCAGCAACCUACUAAAAGCUGGCUUCAUCCGCCACACUGUCAACAAGAUCACCUUCUCUGAGCAGUGCUACUACAUCUUCGGCGACCUCUGCGGCAACAUGGCCAACCUCUCCCUCCACGACCAUGAUGGCUCCAGUGGCGCCUCUGACCAGGACACGCUGGCCCCUUUGCCGCACCCUGGGGCCGCCCCUUGGCCCAUGGCUUUUCCUUACCAGUACCCGCCGCCCCCGCACCCUUACAACCCACACCCGGGCUUCCCGGAGCUGGGCUACAGCUACGGCGGUGGCAGUGCCAGCAGUCAGCACAGUGAAGGCAGUCGGAGCAGUGGCUCCAACCGCAGUGGCAGCGAUCGGAGGAAGGAGAAGGAUGCGAAGACUGGGGACUCCAAGUCCGGGGGCAGCGGCAGUGAAUCGGACCACACGACACGCAGCAGCCUGCGGGGGCCACGGGAACGGGCGCCAAGUGAGCGCUCAGGCCCAGCGGCCAGCGAGCACAGCCACCGCAGCCACCACUCACUGGCCAGCAGCCUGCGCAGCCACCACACACACCCAAGCUACGGCCCUCCCGGAGUGCCCCCUCUUUACGGCCCCCCCAUGCUGAUGAUGCCCCCACCACCCGCGGCCCUGGGACCCCCAGGAGCCCCUCCGGGCCGCGACCUGGCCUCCGUGCCCCCGGAACUGACCGCCAGCAGACAGUCCUUCCGCAUGGCCAUGGGAAACCCCACCAAGAAUUUCGGGCUGUUUGACUUUCUGUGAGCCCCCAGCAAGGGGAGGCCAAGCCUCCGAGGAGACCAGGAACCCUGCUUCAGCAGCCCCUCAGGGCUUCCCAAGGAUGUCCAGCCCCCACACCCACACUUCAACAUGUUGAGUCACUAGGCUUCUGGGGAGAGCCCAGAGUCACCUAUACAUGAGGGACUCUGUUCUUUCCAAAGACAGUGUGUGUCUCCUCUUUCUCCCUCUGCUUCCUAUUCUGUCUCCCUGUCUCUCUUUCUUUUUCUCAUUUUCUCACUUUCACUCAUAUAAGCAUGCACGCAUGCACAUACACACAGGUGCCUAUGCAAGUUUGCUUAAGCCUCAGGGCUGGUCCCUGCCCAGAGGGCUGGACCCUCUCUCCCAGUCCUCCACCAGGUUGUGGGGCUGGUCCCCUAACUUCCUCUCCCUUUCCUUAUAGCUCUCAAACCUCCCACACAUCCCCAGCAUCUUCUUACCCGGAUAAAGCCCAUAAGCUGGGUCUCAGAGUGAGCUCAGCGGAGGACUCCUCAAGUGACCGACAGGCCAUUCUCACCCCCCCCCCAUCUCCGCACACGCUUCCCUGUUUCCACAUUCACCAUGACAACGCAGAGCAAGGACACAGGAACCCACGGGCCAGUUGAGGUUGGGCAGAGGGACUUCCAGACUGAUAGAGUGCCAAGUCUUCUUAUAUUUUACUUUAUUCUCCACUUGAAACAAAUCAUGACUUUCUCUUUAAGCCUCUGCUGUAAAUUCUUCUGCCUCACCUAGACUCCUAUGCUUUCAGGGCUGGGUGUCAAGAGUGAGAUGAAGUCCUUAGCUCCAGGCUUUGGGGCGAACUGAAGUAGGGGCAUUUUGGCAUUCAUUCAUUUAACGAUACUUCUGGGGUUUUGGUGAGCAGAGCUCUGUGUUGAAAGUGUAACUCAGUCUUGCCUGCCUUCUGGUAGUUCUGGGUUUGGUCCCAACUCAGGCCAUGGCUUCUAGCCACCACUAUAGGGCUGUUUCCUGUACUUCUCUCUUUGACUCUGUCUUGAGAAUUUCUCCACUAUUGCUCAUGCCUUCAUUGUUGGUGCUUCCAUUGUUCCAUCUUUGGACUACUUCUCUUUUCCUCUCUAUUUACUUCCAAAAUAGUGUCAUCCAUCCUGAUGUCCUCAAUUGCUGCUGAUAUGCUGGUGAUUCCCAAAUACAUAGUUCCAACCCCAAUUUCUCCCAAUCUUUAGAUUUGUAUUUUUAUUACUUACUGGACAUCUCCAUGGAUGUAUCCAUAUGGACUUAAACUGAUGUCCCCAACCAAGUGUGUUCCUCCUGAAUUCCAAUCCUGGUUACCUUCAUCACAAUCUACAUAGGCUCACCAGCUAGAAACACUUAUGGGCUUAAAUUCCUUCUUCCUAUAUUUUACUCAUCAGCAUAUCAUGUCCAUUCCACUCCAACAAUCUUUUUUGAAUUUGGCCCUUCCUCUCCCCUCUGCCUCUACUUUAAUUCAACAGAGCAUGGGAUUUAGAGUCAGGUUGUUCUUGGUUUGAAUUCCAGCUCUACUACUUUUUGGUUCCAUGAUAAGAGAGAUAUUUAACCUCUCUGAGCCUCAGUUUCCUCGUAUGUAAAAUUAUGAUAAUAAAACCUACCUCACAGGGUUGUUGUGAGGAUUUAAAUUAGAUAUUGUACGAAAAGUGCCUA